ACUGAUAUUUGUUCAUUUCUUUCAAUUUCAUUGCUCUUGAUGAAACCCACCUGGGGUUUGACUGGCUUUCUUGGCGAUAAAUCCGCAGUUUAACCCAAAUCUUGGUAUCUUGAAACACUUAAAUAAGAUUUUUCUCUUAGAGUUCAUGUUUUUCUUAUAUUUUUCUUCUAAUUCUCUUCUUUCCUAGAUCCCUAGCUAUCUGCAUCGAGCAACAGCAAAGAAGCUGAUGAAUUAAAGUAAGGUUACGACAUCUGCAUCAAGCAGCAGCAAAGAAGCUGAGGAAUUAAAAUCAUCCACGUUAUGGCAAUGACAAAUACUAGUGCUGCAACUUUGAUUGUCCCUCAACUUCUAAAAAGGGGCAAUUAUAAGAGUUGGAGCAUUUUCAUGGAAGACCAUUUGAUUUCUCAAGAGCUUUGGGAUGGUAUUAUUGUUCCAUUCGGCCCUGAGCAACAGUUGUUUAGUGAAUCUGAGCAAAGAAAAAGGAAUGCUGCUGCUCUGAAUGCCAUUAAGAUUUCAUGCGAACCAGAAAGCUUUGUUCGUAUAAAGUAUACACGUUCAGCAAAAGAUGCUUUGGAUAUGUUAGCCAAAAUGCAUAAAAUAGAACCUGAAACCGAUUAAAGCACUCCAAAGGCAAGCAAUCCUCCGCUUUGGGUGGCAAGUCCGAUUGUCCCUGAACUUCUAGAAAGAGGCAACUAUGAGAGGUGGAGUAUCUUCAUGAAAAACUACUUUGUGUCACAAGAUCUUUGGGUGGUUACUCACCACUUGUCAACGCCUCUUGGAGUUUCUAAAAGGGUGUGGAGAAAAAAGAAUGCUGCUGCUCUGCAUGCAAUUCAAAUUUCAUGUGGAGCAGAAAAAUUUAAUCAGAUAAAGAACAUCCAUUGGGCAAUAGAAGCUUGGGAUAAGUUGAAAAGAAUACAUAUUGAAGAAGAGAAAUCAAAAACAGAUAAUUCAGGUUUUCCAUAUCUCUCUCUAUGACAUCAUGUGUUUUCGAUUGCAUUUGGUUUAAAUGAACUUGGCAAAAGAUGUGGAAUUUUAUUUGCAUGUAAUUCUAUACUCAUUUGCUUGAUACCAUUAUAAUGUGUAGAAUUCAAUUUCAGACUUUUAAAUCAUGGAAUUAGUUAAGGCCAAUUUAAUUCUAAUUAAAUCUCACUUUAGAAGAAGAAGAAGAAGAAGAAGAACUCCAAAGGCAAGAUUAGCAUUUUUUUUCCUUUUGUGCUUCCCCAUCUUUUGGGAUGUUAAUUUGGCUUUCAAGCUGGCCACUUGUUAUUCUGAUAUUCAUUUGUUAAUAUAUGUGGUUAGAUUAAUUCUGCAAGUAUGAUUGUCCCUGAACUUCUAGCAAGUGACAAUUAUAAGAGAUGGAGCAUCUGUAUGAAAAGCUAUUUAGUUUCUCAAGAUCUUUGGGAUGUUGUUCUACACAGUUCGGCGCCAGAUGAAGUUGAUACAAAGGAGUGGAUUAAAAAGGAUGCUGCUGCUCUGCAUGCAAUUCAGAUUUCAUGUAGUCCAAAAACAUUUGAUGUAAUUGAGGAGAUCACUUCCGCCAAAACUGCUUGGGAUACCUUGAAGCAUAAAAGAAAUGGUCCUCCCCGUGAUGAUUUUAUUGAUCUACGGGAAAAGCGAGGUUUGCCACCUCUCAUUCUCUCUCAUCAUUGUGUUUUUGCAGUGUGUUUUGGAUUCUGCUACAACGGUUUUUUAUGUCAUAGUCCCCUUAAGGUGCACUUCAUGCUUUUUUUUCUUUUGGUUAAAACUCCAAUUUGGUCCUUGAACUAAAAAUUCUUUUAGUCC